GUCAGGUCCCUUCGGAUAAUCCAAUUGAGGAAGAGAGAAAUCACAUCUCCCAAAAUGAUUCGCACCGCAGUUAAUCUAUCACUAUCUGCUGCCACCGUCAAUCGAACCGCCAAGCUCGGGUUCUCCAUCCUUCAUCGAUCACCGCCGUCCAGACUUGUCCACGACGGGAUCAACGGCUUGAACGUCAACCCCGUUGCUCUUCAGAUGAUCAACUACGCUCUCUCUCACGCUAGGUCUCAGAAAUCAGAUGAAUCGUAUGCGCAAGGUGUGCUUGUACUGGAACAGUGCCUUUCGACUCAGCCGAGCGAAGGGCAAGACCCUGCUGGUGAUAAUUCAAGGGGAAUGGUGUUGUUGGCCAUGUCCACUUUAUCAUCUGAAAGAGGAAAUUUCGGUGAAGCAAUGGAGAAGCUGCAAAAGGUCCCUUUGGUGUUUUUCUUUUUAAUCUCGUACUUGCGAUAUUCUACUUUAAACUAA